AUGGCCGGGACAAUGAAGGUUCCUUGGAAGGUGCCGUCCGGGUCCUUGACCGUGCUCGCUCUCUCGCUGCUCGCAGCUAUCUCCGCGGCCGGCGCGUCCACAGGAGGCCUCGAUGCCGUCCCCGUGCGCAUUGACUGCGGCAGCGCACAGCCAUCAGUGGCAAACGGAGUGGAGUGGCAGGCGGACGAGUUUUUCGACGGCGGUGAGGCCAUUCAGCUGCCGGGGGCCAACGAGUCGCGCCUCGCUUCCCCCGUCGAGUCCUCGCUGCGCGCCUUCCCCCCUUCCAACAGCCAGUCCGGCCAGGGCGGCGGCUGCUACAACGUCCCGCUCACCACCGGCGCGCGAUACCUCGUCCGCGUCGGCGUCGCGUAUCGGAACUACGACGGCGCGUCGUCGCCUCCUUUUUUCGACGUUAAGAUCAACGGUCUACUGGUGAAGACCCUCACGCUCCCAGCCGUCGAGCCGCAGUUCCCAUCAUCUGCGUUUUACUCCGAUUUCCUGGUAUACGCGCUACAGGGCUCCAUCUCCGUCUGCUUUACGCCGUUCCUCGGCGCUCCUUCCUCCACUCCCUUGGUCAAUUCCCUAGAAUUCCUCCCUAUCCACCCGGAGUCAUAUGAUGCAGCUAGCAUCGGCACCGACGCUAUCCUCACCACCAUGCUCCGAGUCAACUUCGGAGGCCCAGAAGUUACCGAUGCUGAGGACGUUGGUUACCGAACCUGGGCUCCCGACGUCAAGCCUGGCGUUCCUGGAGGGGGGGCUACCAGGGGCCUGCAGCCACUGCAGUUUGCCACCCUCUCCACCACCCAGCCCAUUUCAAAUGCAGGCUCGCUGCCCGACGAGCUGCCCACGCAAAUCUUUCAGGAUGCCCGGGUGGGUAAGGAGGCUGGUGUUGGCCGCGCAACAGGGUUUAUUUACCGAAUUGACCCUCAAAAUCCCCUCCACCUGUUCUAUGUGCGGUUGCACUUCGCGGAGAUAGAAGACGGUGUGAAGCAGGGGGACCGGCGGUUUGACAUUAAGCUGUCAGAGGACAGCAUAUUCGGCCAUGAGGGUGCGCAUCAGGACGAAGAUACAGUGGACCAGCAGGGAAAGCUCUGGCCCAACGGGUUUGACAUUAUUGAGGCUGCUAACGGGUCUGCUUUGACGGGAGUCACACUGCCGAUAUUCUUCAAUCACUCGGUGUAUGCGGAGAAUUACGGACGCGAGCUGCGGGUGUGGCUGCCUGCUAUGCCGGACUCGCCCAAGCCCCCUCUGCUGUCUGCUGUGGAGAUUUAUGAGAUAACGCGCACACCUGUUGAUGGAUACGUGUACCGAGGCAUGACGGCCAGUGACAUUGCAGGCAUUGUGGUGGCGUGUGUCUUCGGUGUCAUCUUUGUGUUGCUCCUUGCAUGGCUCCUGGCCGCCCGCUUCACUCGCAGCUCCCGCCAGUAUGCCAUCUUUGGUGCUUCUGGUCAGACUACCGCACCCGCGCCCGGGUCUUCAUCCAUUGGUGCAGAGCCAGCAGGCGAUGCGGUCGUUCAAUCCAGCCAGAGCGGGGAGGCAGUCUCGGGGAGCGGGAAUGCGCAGCAAUCUCAGCAGCCAUCCCAGCAGCAGCAGCAGCAACCACAGCAGCCACAUCCGGGCAUUUCGCAAACGCCGGAUCAGAUGCACAUGCAACAGCAGCAGCACAUGCAGCAGCAGCACGUUCAGAUGGUUCCAGGAUCAGACCCUAACGGGAAUGUGUUCUACGCUGCGGGGAACGGAUUUGUUCCGCACUACUUCUAUGACUAUUCCGCAGAUCCUGGAAGGUUCUCCCACGAGCAGUGGGAGGAGUACAUGCGUAUGGCCAACAGCGGCGCUCCUGGAGGGGGGCCUCCUCUCGUUGGUCUCAUGCCCGAAGGCAUAGAAGGCCACCCUCCCCAGAUGUACGCGCCACACCACUUCCAGUUCCAGCCGCCCGUCUUCCCCCCGCCCGUUCCCCCCCCUCCUGCCGAUCCGUCGAAGCUCGCGGCGCUGCCCGAUCAGCUGACUCAGUCCGGCAGCUCGUCCGCGCCCGCACCAGCGGACGGCAUGGCCGGGCCCAUGCCUCUCCUUCCAGGCCAGACGAUGCCCGCGGGAAUCGCCCCGCCGCCGCAUCUCGCGCACAUGCAGAUGCACGGCGUUCCCCCCAACGGUGUCAUGCCACCUCAAGGCGUCCCCCUUCCUGGCGGACCGCCGCCCCCCGGAGGCCCAGGCGCCGCACCGGGGGCGCCCAUCCCCAUGGGCCGCGGCCCCCCUGGCGCGCACCUCGGAAACAUGCCCGCGGGCAUGCACGGCCGCGGCGGAAUGGGCCCCGGGGGGGUUGGCGGGCGGGGAAGGGGGGAUGGGGGCAGGGGAGGACGGGGCUGGGGCGGAGGCCCCGGGAGGUAUGACAAAGGGAGAGGCGGCAGGGGAGCGCGAGGUGCUAGGGGAGGGUACGGCGGGUAUCCGGGGGGGAUGAUGAUGAUGGGCGCACCUGGGGGCCGUGGGGUUCAGAUGCAAGGCAACGGGAUGCACGAGGCGGUUAACGAGCAGAACCGCGGGCCUAGGACCAACCGGGCGGGGCGGGGGAAGCAGCCGCAGCAGCCAAUGGGAGCAGCAGGUGCGGCGGCAGCUGCUGGGGACGGAAGUGCGCAGGCAGCUGCUGCUGCAGCGGGAGGAGCAGCAGGGGCGCAGGGCGGGGUAGCAGGGUCAGAUGGUGCUGCCAACAGCGGUGCUUCUACCUCUGCUGCUGCAGGCGCCGCUGCUGGCGCGGUGGCUGGGGGUGCUGCUGCUAACACUGCAGCAGCGGAAGGCGGCGCCCCGAAUGCUAGCAAUGCCGCUGCGCUCCCUGCUCUCGCCGGCACGCCCGGGUUCCUCGCCUUCCCUGGCAUGCCCGGCGGUCCUGCGCCCGGAUCGUACGCCACUCCCGCCAUGGGAGGCGCGCCCCUAGGCGCCCACGCUAAUCCCGCCGCCGCCGCCGCCGCCGCCGCUGGUGUUGCGGGCGUGGGCGCGCCGAACCCCUGGAGCCUCGUACAGGGUAUGGAGGAGAUUAAUAGGGCGGAUUUCCCGGUGACGUACCAGGCGGCGAAGUUUUUCGUGAUCAAGAGUUACAGCGAGGAUGACGUGCACAAGAGCAUCAAGUACGGCGCGUGGGCGUCCACCCCCAACGGUAACAAGAGGCUCAACGCCGCGUUCCAGGAAGCAUCCGCGAAGGCCGCUGCGACUGCGUCUCGAUGCCCCGUGUUCCUCUUUUUCUCGGUGAACGCGAGCGGGCAGUUCUGCGGCGUUGCAGAGAUGAUGUCGCCGGUGGACUUCCAGCGGUCGGUGUCGUUCUGGCAGCAGGACAAGUGGAACGGGCUGUUCACGGUGCGCUGGCAUGUGAUCAAGGACGUGCCCAACGCGCACUUCCGCCACAUGAUCAUUGCUGCCAACGAGAACAAACCCGUCACCAACUCGCGCGACACACAGGAGGUGCCGCAAGAGCAAGGGCAGCAGAUGCUGCGCAUAUUCAAGGACUACAUGUCCCGCACGUCCAUUCUCGAUGACUUUGACUUCUACGACAAGAGGCAGAAGGCCAUGCAGGCACGCAAGGAGCGUCUGCAGCACCAGCAGCACCACCCGCACCCCCAGCACCCACAGCAGCAGCAGCACCCGCAUCAGCAGCACCAGCAGCAGCAGCAUCAGCAUCAUAUGCAGCAGCAGCAUCAGCACCACAUGCAGCAGCAGCAGCAGCAGCAGCAGCAGCAGCAGCAGCACCCGCACCACCGCCAGCAGCAACACAUGCUGGCGUUUCCGCCUCUGCAGCACCACAACCAGCAGCCGCAUCCGCAUUACCAUGGCGGCCCGUAUGGCCGUGGGGGCAUGCACCGACACCAGGUGGGUCGGGGUGCUGCUGCUGCAGCAGGUGGUGCUGAUUCUGCUGCUGCUGCUGCUGCUGCUGCUGCUGCCCCAGCAGCUGUGGAUUCCGGUGCUGCGGCAGCCGGUGGUGCUGCUACUACUGCAGCAGAAACGUCCAAGUGA